UUUUUUUAUAUGUCUCUUUUGACAUUUCGUGUUGACGUAUACCACAUGUUUUGAUUUUAUUUCCUAAAAACGUAAUAACAAAAAUUAUUAAAUUUUUCUUUAAAUUAUACAAAUAAAAACAAUUAAAACAUGGGUAAAGGAAAAAAAGCAUUUAUCGACCGAAAGAAGUCCGUCACUUUUCAUCUUGUCCAUAGAAGUCAACACGAUCCUCUGGUCGCCGAUGAAAAUGCUCCUCAGCGUGUUCUCCUCGAAGCUACACCAUCCAAUAAACAACAAGAUGUCGAUCCAAAGAAACGCCAAGAAGAACAAAAGAAAUAUGGUAUUCAAUUUGAUGAUGAUUAUGAUUAUUUACAGCAUUUAAAGAAACCCGGACAAGAAAUUGUCUGGGAAUAUGUCGAGAAUGCAAAUCAAGUCAAAAAGAACAAGAAUAUUGAACCUAAAUUACAACUGCCAUCGUCUGUGUUUGCCAGUGAGUUCGAAGAGGAUGAAGGUAUGCUUAACAAAGCAGCUCCACGUCCUGGACCUAGACCAGACCUCGAUCCCGAUGUUGUAGCUGCUUUAGAUGAUGAUUUUGAUUUCGACAAUGCUGACAAUCAAAUGGAAGAUGACUUUGUUGUCCAAGCUAUGGGCGAUGAAGAUGAUGAAGACGAUGAUGAUGAUUACUACGAUGAAGAGGACGAAGAAGACUUUGAUUCGGAUGAUUUGAUGUCAAGUGGAGACGAGAACGAGGAAGAAAUAAGAGAUCGAUUGGCUCCUCUGAUGAGGGAACGUCGUUUCGACGAUGAAGAAACCAAAUCUCGUUUUACCGAAUAUUCCAUGUCCAGUAGUGUCAUUCGACGUAAUGAACAGUUGACUUUGUUGGAUGAUAGAUUCGACAAGUUCUACGCAACCUAUGAUGACCCGGAAAUGGGUCCACUGGACAUGGAAGAAAUCGAAGGUACUUGGGGCCAAAAGCAUCCUUAUGUCCUCGGUUGUUAUAAGCUCAUGAAGAAGUCUAAUUUGGAAGAAGAAUACAAAAAGGAAUGGGAUAAGGAGCGUUUGGAAAAGUACAGAAAUGUAGCUGAAGACAAUGCUGACGAUGAAAUGGUUGAACUUGAAGUUGAAGAUCCAAAAGAAAAGAAAUGGGAUUGCGAGAGUAUUCUAUCGACUUACUCAAAUAUCUACAAUCAUCCGAAACUAAUCGAUGAACCUCGAAAAAGUAGGAAAAUUCAAAUUGAUCCAAAAACAGGCUUACCUAUCAAUACCCUUCGUGGUAGUGAUAAUGACAAACUUACAGCAAAAGCUUUGGCCAAAUUGGAUAGUGAUGAUGUGCCAAGUGGUGGACCUAAAUCUCUUUGUGCUAAAUCUGUUCUAUCGACCUUGAGUGUUUUGUCGAUUAGACCGAAAGAUGAGACUGCUGAGGAAAAGAAGGAAAGAAAAAGGUUGCUUAAAGAAUACAGAUUGGAGAGACGUAUUGAGCGAAAGGCAAAUACGGAAGCAUUUAAAGAAGAAAAGAAACGACAAACUCAUAUUAAAAUUAAUAACCAGAAUAAUCUCCAAGGAAAGAGGAUAGUUUAAAAGAGAUGAAAUGGUGAUGAAGUUAACUAUAUUCUGCCUUUUUUUAGAGUUUCUUAUUAUUUUUUUCUUUAUUUUAAGUCUUUUUCUUUUGUAGCAUUAACGAUUUCAUGAAUUAAUAAACAUU